AUGGAUUUUCCAUUACUUGUGUCCCUAGAUUUAUUGUCGGUUGCGUCCAUUAGUUAUACAGCUCUUGCUGCCAUUGGUACCCGGUGCAACCCCGCCAUAGGUUCUGUGACUCUUCAUGCGGUUAGUAUUACGUCCCUUACGUCCAUUGGUUCUAUGGUUCCUGCUACCAUUAAUGUUCAGUUUGUUGUGUCCAUUGGUUAUGUGGUUGUUGCUACCAUUGAUGUAAAGUCUGUUGUGUCCAUUGGUUGUUUGUCAGUUGUGACUAAAGAAACAAGUGCUGAAGAUUCAAGAUUAUCUCGUCGGGAGUACUUGGAGCAUCAGCAGCUAUGCAAGAUAGAACUAGUGAUUAGGCUCUGGUCGAGUGUUAUGUAA